CCCCACCGCUCUCCGAACUCCAAAGUCCAGAUGGCGCUCGCCCGAGCCACCGUCUCCCUCAUCCCUCCCCACGCUUGGCUCCGCCUCCGUCCCUUCUCGAUCCCUCGACGACUCCCGCUCUCCUCCUCUUCGCCUCCUCGCUCCCUUCUCGCUGCCAGGGUCGUGGCCAUGGCCGGAUCGAGCACUGCCGCCGCGCACCGCCACACCAACCGCCUCGCCUCCGAGCACAGCCCCUACCUCCUCCAGCACGCCCACAACCCGGUUGAUUGGUAUCCAUGGGGAGACGAAGCUUUCGAUCAAGCUCGCAAAAGAGAUGUUCCUAUCUUUCUAUCAAUUGGAUACAGCACAUGCCAUUGGUGCCAUGUCAUGGAGGUGGAGUCAUUUGAGAAUGAAGAGAUUGCAAAAAUGUUAAAUGAGUGGUUUGUUAGCAUCAAGGUGGAUCGAGAGGAGCGACCUGAUGUUGAUAAGGUAUAUAUGACAUAUGUACAGGCACUUUAUGGUGGUGGUGGUUGGCCACUGAAUGUCUUUCUCUCAACCAAUCUCAAGCCCUUGAUGGGUGGAACAUACUUUCCCCCGGAUGACAAGUAUGGGAGACCAGGUUUCAAAACAGUCCUGAGAAGGGUGAAGGAAGCUUGGGAUACUAAACAAGAGAUGCUUGAGAAGGGUGGGAGUUUUGCAAUUGAACAACUUUCUGAAGCAUUGUCGGCAACUGCUUCUUCUCAUAGAUUAUCGGAUGAGCUAGCACAAAAUUCAUUAAAAUCAUGCGUUAAACAGCUGGGGAAUAGUUACGACCCGAAGUUUGGUGGAUUUGGUUCUGCUCCAAAGUUUCCAAGACCAGUUGAAGUCUACCUUAUGCUUUAUGCAUCAAAAAAGCUGAUGGAAACUGGGAGGGAACGUGAGGCCAACAAUGCUAUGCAAAUGGUCUGUCAUACCUUGCAGUGCAUGGCUAGAGGUGGAAUCCAUGAUCAUGUUGGAGGUGGUUUUCAUAGAUAUAGUGUGGAUGAGUGUUGGCAUGUUCCACAUUUUGAAAAAAUGUUGUACGAUCAGGGGCAGCUUGCUAAUGUAUAUUUGGAUACAUUUGCAAUUAAAAGAGACACCUUCUAUUCAUCUGUUGCUCGUGAUAUUCUUGACUAUUUGAAGAGAGACAUGAUUGGAGAAUCCGGUGAAAUAUAUUCAGCUGAAGAUGCUGAUAGUGCUGAAUAUGAAGGUUCUCCAAGAAAAAAAGAAGGAGCAUUCUAUGUAUGGACAAGCAAAGAGAUUGAAGAGAUACUUGGAGACUAUGCAACUCUGUUCAAGGACCAUUAUUAUGUCAAAUCUUCAGGAAAUUGUGACCUUUCUUCGAUGAGUGAUCCUCAUAAUGAAUUCAAAGGAAAAAAUGUGCUCAUAGAGAGAAAAGAUAUUUCUUCCAUGGCAUCAAAGUUGGGCAUGUCAGUGGAUGAAUAUUCUCAAAUUUUGGGUUUAUGUCGACAAAAGCUGUUCAAUGCACGGUCAAGACGGCCAAGGCCUCAUUUGGAUGACAAGGUAAUUGUUUCAUGGAAUGGACUUGCAAUAUCCUCUUUUGCUAGAGCUUCUAAAAUUCUCAAGGCAGAAGUGAAAGAAACUAAGUUCUAUUUUCCUGUAGUUGGAUACAAUCCAAGUACAUACCUGGAAGUUGCUGAAAAGGCAGCAUUCUUUAUUAAGAGUAGACUCUAUGACAAGCCAGCACGUAGGCUGCAACGUAGCUUCCGAAAUGGUCCAUCAAAAGCACCUGGUUUUCUAGAUGACUAUGCCUUCUUAAUCUCAGGAUUGCUGGACCUUUAUGAAUGUGGUGGUGGAACUGAUUGGCUAUCAUGGGCAAUUGAUCUGCAAGCUACUCAGGAUGAGUUGUUUCUUGAUGGAGAAGGGGGAGGCUAUUUUAAUACGCCAGGAGAAGACCCUUCAGUCCUACUUCGUGUAAAAGAGGAUCAUGAUGGAGCAGAGCCAUCUGGGAACUCAGUGUCAGCUAUGAAUCUGAUUAGAUUGUCAUCCAUGGUUGCUGGUGCGAGGUCUGAAAAUUACAGAAGUACUGCAGAGCACCUUCUGGCAGUAUUUGAGUCAAGGUUGAAAGAUCAAAGCAUGGCUGUUCCACUUAUGUGCAGUGCAGCAGAUAUGCUUUCUGUCCCAUCCAGGAAGCAGGUGGUGCUGGUUGGAGACAAAACAUCAGCAGAAUUCAAUGACAUGGCCACCGCCGUUUUUGCAUCAUAUGAUCCAAACAGAACUGUGAUCCAAAUAGACACUAGCAACACAGAAGAUAUGGAGUUCUGGGAAAGUCAGAACCAAAAUAUAUUCCAAAUGGCAAAGAGUAGCCCCGUGGACAAGCUGGCUGUGGCUCAUGUGUGCCAAAAUUUUGUAUGCAGCCCACCUGUCAGCAGUCCAGAUGCUCUAAGCACAUUGUUAGAUAAAACAUAUGUCGCCACAUCAUCGGCCUAAGACCUGUUUCUUAUGAGGAUGAAUGCUUGUAAAUGCCCUUUAUAACCUGGGUUAUGUUUACUUUUCGUUCUGUAAUGCUUGGUAUUGUGAAUGAGUGGAAGGUGCUGUCGCUUGACAUUGUUGACACUAUACACUCAGAGGCUAAAGAUUCAAGGACGAAGAAGGUGGGUUAUCUUGUGAUCAUCUUGGUGGGGAAUGUAAUAGCAAAGCUCUUUGGG